AUGGCUUCACAACACACGGAAGAGAGGAUCUACCAUCCUCAAGAUGCAAUUGCCAACACGAUCAAGAGCGCUACUUUGACCGGAGGCGCCGGUCUCCUCACUUCGGCCGUCCAGAAUACACUGGCCAAACAGAAUGUCGGCCCCCUCGGCAUCUUCUUUCGAACCGGUGGCACCAUUGCUGUCUUUGCGGCAAUGGGCGGCACAUACACAUUCGUGCGAACCGCGUCCGCAAACCUGCGAGAAACGGAAGAUCCGUAUAACGGAGCUCUCGGUGGUUUCUUUUCCGGCGCCAUCCUUGGACUUCGCGCCCGAAGUUUCCCCGCUACUUUCGGAUACGGAGCGGGUUUGGCAGUGGUCCUGGCGGCUUUUGAAUCUACCGGAGGCACUCUGUGGGGAUACAAAGAAAAGAAGAACUUGGAUAAAUAUGAGGAAUUAGAGAAGCUGCGUACAGCCUACCGACAACCCGCGGAGAAGACAUUCGCAGAAUUGGGCGAAGGACGAGGUAUCUACGGUCCUGGUUACGCAGAGCGCCGACGAGAGAGGAUCAAAGAAGCGUACGGUAUUGACGUUCCUGCGACAUCUUCUACGUCGUGA